GACUAACAGGGGGCGCCUGGAGCGCGGAUUUUUUUCUCUUGAGUCGAGGAGGGGCGCGUGUCCGCGAAGGCGCUGCGAACUCCUCUCGUGCGCGCGCCUGGCGGUCGUCCGGGAGCGCGGCGGAGCGGCGCUCGUGCCCGUCCCCCAGUCGCUGGCCGCUAGCGCCCGGGUCCGCCGGAGAGUCGCGGUAGCCGGCGUCCGUCCUUUGUGAGGCGCUCAAGCGGUUCGGCUGCGGUGCGGGACGGAAUGUGGGCGCCGCGGGGACUUUUGUCUCCUGCUCAAACUCUGUGGAGUGUGGACUGAACGGGAGCCAUGGACUGAGGGCGUGAGCUGCGCGGGGCAGUCAUGACUUCUGCCGCCGAGCUUAAGAAGCCACCAUUGGCUCCCAAACCAAAGUUAGUGGGAACCAAUAGUAAGCCACCUCCCCCUCCUAUUGCACCUAAACCGGACAUUGGAAAUGCUAGUGUUCCACGGUCAACAAAGAAGACCAAACCUGCAAUUGCGCCAAAACCGAAAGUCCUGACAAACUCAGUUGUUCAAGACAUCAAGCAUUCACCGUCCAAGAAGCUCACUUUGAACCUGAAGGAACAGGAGUCAGAAUUACCCGAGAGCUCUGGCAAGUUUAAUUGCAAAGAUGUCAGGGAUCUACACGGUGAUUAUAUUUUACCAACGUGUUCCUGCAAUUCUGGGUGUAUUCAUGAGCCUAGGACUCGAGAAAAUCUGUGUGCAGAGCAGCUUGUUUUAGAGCCUCUGGAAAUGAAAGAAAAUUUAGAGAAUAGUAAAAAUGGUGAGUCCUCAAAGAGGGGGAGUAGAUGGGACUCAAGCAGUGAAAAGUGCUGGAGCCAGAGUGGAGUUGUUUUAAAGGCAAGCAUCUUAGAAGAGAAGCUCAAAGAGGUUCUAACACAGCAGCGAUCACCCUGUGGUUCCCCAAGGAAGCACAGAGCUCCAAAAAACCCAGAAAUGAAUGGUGACCAUAGUUGCACCAGGCAGAUCAGAAUUGAAUUUGCAGAUAAGCCUUCUUCCCUGUCCAGCUUUGAAAAAGUUCCCACUCAUCACAGCUGCCACCCACAACUUCCUAGGGACGAAUCUCAGACUCUCGAGACUUGUCAAGAUGGCGGUGUAGAGAGUUAUGGUCACAUACAUUCAUGUGAACUGGAGAACAAAAGAGUGGGUUCAGAUGGACCAGGUCAGAAGGCAGAGGUCAAAGGUCUUGGUCCUUUAGAAAUCCACUUACUACCGUUUACCUCAAAAUUUCCAACUCCCAAGCCCAGAAAGACACACGCUGCUCGACUACGUCGCCAGAAGCAUGUAGAGACUUCCAGUGAAAGCCCUGAAGAGCCAGGGAACUCAAACAAUGGCUCUUCUUGUCUCCUUGAGGAUAGUUUGAAAAACAAUAAAGUCAGUGUUCUUCAUCAGAAUGCUUUGUAUAACCAGGGACAAGCGGAUGAGGUGAGGCCAGCAAACCAGAGGGCACCGAAGACGACGGGGGAUUCCAACAGUGACAGACAGGACUCAGUCAGCUCACAGAAAACUGUGCAGCAGGAAACGUCUGCACCUUCUUUAGAUACAGAUUCUAGUUUGACUUCUGACAACAAUAGUUCUGGCGUGUUACCUGCUGUGGGCAGAGAGACUACUUUUACACAAUGCAGUACUCAGCCUUUGAGCUUGCCUAAGCAAGUCAAAUUAGCCUGCACUGACCAGCCGCCAACUGCCUGUAACUCGGAAGUGUCACUUCCUCCAAUCCAAAAGGAAUCUUCCUCCUCCAGAGUUGUUCCCAAAAAACCUCAAAGACACAGCUUGCCUGCCGCAGGGGUGCUUAAAAAGGCUGCUUCGGAGGAGCUUGUAGAAAAGAACUCUUCAGGUAAGGAAAUAAAUGCAGAGAAAGGUCUGCACAGAAACCACCUUCAACAUCUGGGGCCCUCAAACCAUGGCACAUCACCAUCAUCCUUUGACACGCCCAACCCAACUUCAGAGAAGCCAGUGUGGAAGUUACCUCAUCCUAUUAUACCUUUUUCAGGGAGCCCAGAGGCCUUGAAACGUGUCACUUUAUCCUUAAGUAAUGAGCCUUCCCUUUCCCUAACCAAGCCAAGAGCAAAAUCACUGUCUGCCGUGGAUAUGGACAGGUGCAACAAGCCUUGCAAAGACCCUCCGAAGAAAACUUCUUUCAAAAAGUUGAUUAAUGUGAAACUGUCCAUUGGUUUCAUAAAGAGCGACUUUCAGAAAUUGAGGUCGAAAAGCUGCCAACACGGAGAGGUCUCUACGGGACAUCCGCUCGGUAGAGAGCCAGCCGCAGGAGAAGAGAAGAGAAGUAAACCCAUGAAGGCACAUUCUGCAGAAAACUGCAGCCUGGAAUCUCAAAAGGUGAAAUCUUGGGGCCAGAGCAGUGCAGCUAAUGGUCAGAGGGCCGAGUCUUUGGAUGACCGGAUGUUCUCCAGGCACGCAUCCUAUCAGGGCUCUGGUACAAGUGACUGCGGGCCAGAGUAUGAAAAUGUCCGCCAUUAUGAGGAGAUACCAGAGUAUGAGAAUUUGCCCUUUGUCAUGGCUGGAGGGAACACUCCGGAGUUGGGAUGGCAGAAUUCCAGCAGUGUGGAGGACACUGAUGCAAGUCUGUAUGAAGUAGAAGAGCCCUACAACGCUCCAGAUGGCCAGCUGCAACUUGAUCCUAGACAUCAGCCUUGCAGUUCUGGAACCUCCCAGGAGGGGCAGGAUCAUCUCCAUCUUGGUCUCAGCGACCUGCCUUCUGAUGAGGAAGUCAUCAGUAGUUCUGAUGAAGAUGAUGUCAGCUCCGAGUCCAGUAAAGGCGAGCCAGACCCGCUGGAGGAUAAACAGGAUGAAGAUGCUGGAGUGAAAAGCAAAGUUUAUCACAUUGCCAAGGAGAUCAUGAGCUCCGAGAAAGUGUUUGUGGAUGUGUUAAAGCUUUUGCAUAUUGAUUUCCGGGGUGCCGUAGCCCAUGCGUCCAGGCAACUCGGGAAGCCCGUGAUUGAGGACCGGCUCCUUAACCAGAUCCUGUACUACCUGCCUCAGCUGUAUGAGCUCAACCGGGAUCUCCUGAAGGAACUGGAGGAACGAAUGCAGAGCUGGACAGAACAACAAAGAAUUGCUGACAUCUUUGUAAAGAAGGGACCAUAUUUAAAAAUGUAUUCCACAUACAUCAAAGAAUUUGAUAAGAACAUAGCUUUGCUGGAUGAGCAGUGCAAGAAAAAUCCAGGCUUUGCUGCGGUCGUCAGAGAAUUUGAGAUGAGCCCUCGAUGUGCCAACCUGGCCCUGAAGCACUACCUGCUAAAGCCAGUUCAGAGGAUCCCUCAGUACAGGCUGCUGCUGACAGAUUAUUUAAAGAACCUCCUAGAAGACUCUGUAGAUCACAGAGACACCCAAGAUGCCCUGGCUGUUGUCAUAGAGGUAGCUAACCAUGCCAACGACACCAUGAAGCAAGGGGACAACUUUCAGAAGCUCAUGCAGAUUCAGUACAGCUUAAGUGGACACCAUGAGAUUGUGCAGCCCGGGCGCGUUUUUCUUAAAGAAGGCACCCUGAUGAAGCUGUCACGAAAAGUCAUGCAGCCGCGGAUGUUCUUCCUGUUUAACGAUACCCUGCUGUACACCACUCCCUUGCAGUCUGGGAUGUACAAGCUGAACAACAUGCUCUCGCUGGCUGGAAUGAAGGUCAGAAAACCUACCCAGGAGGCAUAUCAGAAUGAGUUAAAGAUUGAAAGUGUGGAGCGUUCUUUCAUCCUUUCAGCUAGUUCUGCCACAGAAAGAGACAACUGGCUGGAGGCCAUAUCCAGAUCAAUAGAAGAAUAUGCCAAGAAAAGGAUUACCUUCUGCCCCAGCAGGAGUCUUGAUGAGGACUCAGAAAGGAAAGAAGAAGUUAGCCCUCUCGGGACAAAGGCUCCCAUCUGGAUCCCUGAUACCAGAGCCACCAUGUGUAUGAUUUGCACAAGUGAAUUCACCCUGACCUGGAGAAGACACCACUGCAGAGCCUGUGGGAAGAUUGUGUGCCAAGCUUGCUCAUCAAACAAGUGGGGCUUAGAUUACCUGAAGGGGCGGCCGGCGAGAGUGUGCGAGCACUGCUUCCAAGAGCUACAGAAAUUAGAUCACCAGCUGUCCCCUAGGAUUGGGUCUCCUGGAAAUCACAAGUCUCCUUCAAGUGCCUUGUCUUCAGUCUUACAUAGCAUCCCGUCAGGGAGGAAACAGAAGAAAAUCCCCGCUGCUCUCAAAGAAGUAUCAGCAAACACAGAAGACUCCACUAUGAGUGGCUACCUCUACAGAUCCAAAGGCAAUAAAAAGCCAUGGAAACACUUAUGGUUUGUCAUCAAAAACAAAGUACUCUAUACAUACGCUGCAAGCGAGGAUGUGGCAGCUUUGGAAAGUCAGCCUUUAUUAGGAUUUACUGUCACUCAAGUCAAAGACGAGAAUUCCGAGUCUAAAGUAUUUCAGCUAUUGCACAAAGGCAUGGUGUUCUAUGUAUUUAAGGCGGACGAUGCCCACUCUGCUCAGAGGUGGAUAGACGCAUUUCAGGAGGGCACAGUAUUGUAGCAGCACGGGCUGCAUUUCCUCUGAGGUUCCAACAAGGUGGAGGUUCAGCAGAAUGGAUUAAAAGCUACUCAAAAGCCAUGUAUAAACGAACAUCGCCAAGACAAAUCCACCCACAGUCGUUAUGAUAUAGAUUGUUUUGUUAGAUAUAUACAGUUCCUAAUGUAUGUUAUUUAUUAAAAUGUUAAUGUUUACUUGCUGGUCAGAAUUGUUUCUGAGACUCACACUGAAUCCUAAUGUACUGUUUAGAGACUGGGAACUUACUGUAAUACUGUAUUCUGUAUACUGUUGAUGAUGUGCCGUCCACGCUGUUGUCUCUGCCUUACAUCAUGACACUUUCACUGUGGGUAAAUCUUUAUAAGUAAAGCACACACAUUAAGCAUAAAUUUCCAUUCAGUGUUUUGUUUAGAAGUUGCAAUUUUAAAAUUGCUGAUGAAAAUGAGUAUUUUUGAGUCACUAAACUUAGGUGGAAUUUUUUAUAUUGCAGUAGAGAUGCACAUUGCCAGCUUCUACCUCAGUAACUGUGAAAUGAAAUCCCAGCAGAGUCAGUACUGAUAACAUUUUCCACAGCCCCCCAAACUCCCAUACCCCAUAUGAUCUUCCCAGUUGCUAGGCUGGCCUAGAACUAACUGUGUAGCUUAGGCAAAGCUUGAGCUGCAACAUUCCCACCUCGACCUCUGAGCAACUGGAGUCCCAGGCCUGUACCACCAUGCCCAGUCUUUAUUUAAAACUGCCAGAGCAGUGUCAAUGUGAUGUUUCUCUUCGUUUUCUGAAACAGAAGCCCAUGCUGGAACCCAGGCUGGCCUGGAACUUGUGUAACCCAUGCUAGCCUGUGACUCAUGGCUUCUCAACUGCUAGGAUUACAUGUAUGUACCACCAAGCUCAGUGAUUAAUGUUUUAAGAAACAGAAUAUGGCAGGUAACAGGUUACCUAAUACCCUCUAUUAUUCUUAAGAGUUUUGAGGCAAGUCAGUGGUUGUAUUUAUAUCUAAAAGGAUGUCACAUUUUCUAUAACAUGUAUUUUACAAGUGAUCAGAAACCACUAUUUUUUUUUUAAGGAAAUUUUAUGCUACUUUGAUUUGUUCCCCUUGACGUUUAAAGUGUUGUCAUUGUCCUCCUCUUCUUCCUCCUCCUCCUCUUCCUCCUCUCCUUCCCCUUCUCCCUCCUCUUCUUCAUCCUCCUCUUCCUCCCCCUCUUCUUCCUCCUCCUCUUUCUCCUCUUCCUCCUUUUAUUCUUCCUCCUCCUCUUCUUCCCUCUCUUCUCCAUGCCCCGACAUCCCCCGCCCCAUUGUUCUUUGCCCCUUUUAAGACACCCAGGCUAACCUGAUGCUCACCACCCUGCCUCAGCUCCCAUAUCCUAGGAAUUUAGAUCUGUGCUGCCACAUGGAUCUUAUCAGUCAGUGUCCCUCAAUAGGAAAGGUUCAUGUUCUUAAUUCUGGCGUACUUAUCGUUUAACCUGCAAACCCUCUUGCACGUAAAGUUGUUGCUUAGCAGCAGGAGAAUGAAGUUAUGCUUAAAAUUGCAUCAGUGUUUAAAUAUUUUGCCGACUGAGCUUAAACUAUCAGCUAAAAGGCAAUGUUAUCCAUAAAAUAUCCUAUGAAAGGCUGCAAGAAUUUCCUGCUUCUUUAUAUAUGGUUUUUAGUGUGAUGUCAGCAGUAGAGAAGUAUAUUCAGAAUACUAUGUUUUCAUCCUGAACACCUUCAUGAGGCCUUUUGGAUGCCAUUUGCUGCAGAUAAAGCAGACCUAGAGGUAGCAGGUCCAGUUUUUCUUGGAUGUCUCUGGCCAUGGCGUAAUUUGAAGCCCUGUACAAUUUCACAGAAUGCUAUCAGAUCGUGACCCCUCCCCUAAGACAUUCUAAAUGUGGAGUAAGUUUGUGUUCCCUGUCCCCUGAUCCCUUCAUAACUUACUAAAGACUGUCAACCGUACAUUUACCUGGCUUAUUCAAUGGCAUUUUAUAAGAAUAUAUUUAAAAUUUGCCAUGAAGCUACUUUUAAAAAUAUUUCUGAGCCCAGGGUCUCUAUGCAGACCCUCUACCCCUGAGACAUUCCCCAGCAGUGUCCCCAGAGUGCUCUUAGUUUGCAGCAGCUAAAACAGAAGAUGACCCCCACCCCAGAUUCCCUAGAGAAUGAAUGAAAAGGACAUUUGUGACAUUAUCCCACGUUUCUGAACCUCUUUCAUUUUUGAUGUAACCUGUAUUGAUCAGUGGUUUUCUCUGACAGCCCAUGUUUUCUGCAGUAAGAGGCUUGACUCUUUAAGUAUUUACUGACCUUUUUUUUUUUUUUUUUUUUUUUUAUAAAAGCGAUGUCAGACAACCCCACUUUGAUUUAUAACACAGCACUGAGGAAAACAACUCAGAAGUAUGUUUUUGUUAGCCAGAUACAUAGUAGGCUGUGGGGGAAGCCUCCUAUUUGAGAACCUAAUGCAAUUAUCACUAUAUGGGGCUAUGCCUUAAACUCCCUUCCAUUGUGCUCAUUGUAGUCAAAAUGCUGGCAUGUCCAGAAGUAAGGCCUACCUCACUGUACUCCACGAUCCUUAAGGAUAGAUACUAUGUUUAUUCUAUGCAUUUCUCCUGGAUCUUCGCAGCUAUAAUUGAAUACAUUGAAGACAGCUUUUCCCAGGGGUUUUGCCUUGGGUAAGACUUCCACUGUUUUUCCCAAGACAGCUCCUGCUACCACUGACGUUGACUCCAAAGCCCUCUGAUCCACUCUCCUCACCUUCCUGCAAGCCCACAUUCAAGGCAAGACUAGCGCCCAGCUUUCUCCCCGUUCAAGUCUGUACUCUUCAGGACACCACGUGGACCUCUGGAAUCUGACUCUGAGUCUAUCUUGUCCUUCCCAUCUUCAUUUUUCUGCUCUUACAUCCCUUAUGGGUGCUAUAGCUUUCCCUCUGAGCCAUAGUGGCCCACACUCGCCCACUAUGUAGGAGGCCCUAUGUACUGCAGAACUCUGAUUUAAUCCCUAUUCCUGUGAGCUUCAGUGGCAUUCCCAGCCGUUUGGUAUGCUUUGGCCUUUCUCAUGUCAAUCAACCCAGCUCUGCCCUUUGCUGUGUGACACUUGCCAGUGAUGGGGUCCUAUUCUCCUGUCCUUUAGACUAUUUGUCCUCUCUUUCCUGGUUUCUGUAAUCAUCAGCUCAUAAACACUCUCAUCAUUCCUGCUGUGUUUUGUUCUUGAAAACACUUUACCUUGUUCACUGGAGGUGGCCUACAUCCGACAAGGAUGUCUUACAUGCCGUGAAUAAGUGUUUGCUUGUUGAGUCAAAUACCUUCUGUGGGUCCCUAAAGAGUAUCCUUGGUACACAUACUCUGGAGCAUACGCCACUUUUAAUGUUAUUUUCUAAAUGAAAAUCUAUGGUGUUUCCCCUUAUAGGAAAAGUUAGUUACUAUGGGGAAGGAUUUUAAGCAAGGAAGCAGGUUUAUUUAUCACACAGCAAAGACAGCAGUGUUUCUAAUGGGAAUUUGCCUGCUAGAAAAAAGAAGUUAAAGGUGGUAAGAGCUUUUAAAAGACUAAAUAUCAAAAUAUUGUUUUUUCCUUUGAGCUGAGGAGUGAAGGGAUCCAAUUUUCCCCUUUUGUGGAGUUAUUUUCUGCAUGUAAGAACCAAUUUCAGAAAUUAAUCAUUUUAAUGUUUUUCUCAAAACAUUUUUUUUUACAGAAAGUGAUAAUGGUUUGUAUCUUACUGUUCAUAAGCAGAUCAAUUAUAAAUAAGAAUAGCAUUGUAAAUAAUGUUAAUAUGUAUUAUAAUUCACACAAAAUAAAUGUCCUGUAAUAUCUA